GAGACCGUCGAGAGGAUACCAGAGCCACCUAGUAUGCAAAGAAAAAAACGGAGAACAGGUUGACGGAGAAAGGACCGAUCGAUGGUAACACAAAUUUUUGACAGAGGACAGUAGGGCAACCAGAUGGAUGACCUGACUGUGGCCCUGUUUUUACAUGCCUUUCGCAGCAUGCUUCCUUGGCUUCCUUUGAUCCCGUUCGUCUUCUUUUUCUCUUUCCUUUCUCCGGCUCCCUAUCACGUUCUCUCUCUUCUCUUUAUGCUGCAGUCAUGACCUCCCUCAAGUCCAGUAUUUACCCAGAAGGCGAUCCAUUGGCUGUGGUCACCGCACCGCCGCCCGACGAAUCACCGUCAGAACGUGAUGAGCGUCUCUCCAAUGAAAAGGCCGCUCAGAAAAGAUCCGACGCUAUAGACGAAGAAAUUGCAAGGCAACGUAUCGCUGAAAAAAAGGCGCCAAAAGUUGUCAAGGUCCUGCUGCUAGGGCAAAGUGAAUCAGGGAAAUCCACGACGUUGAAAAAUUUUCAAUUGAUAAAUUCCCCAAAGGCAUUCCGUCAAGAACGCGCAUCAUGGCGAGCAGUAGUUCAGUUGAAUGUCGCUCGGUCAAUACGCAUUAUUCUCGACAUCAUGACUCAGGCCCACGCCCAACAAACUCAGAAGCAGCACCCUGUUGCGUCUUCCAGCAUGUCUUCCUUCGAGUCUCUACAAAGACCCGACGUCGUCUAUCCGACACUCACUGCAGAACAUCUAAAACUCAAAAUGCGCUUGAAACCCCUCCUCCAGGUCGAAGAGGCUCUCUUGCGGAGACUCUCGCCGGGAAACACCGUAGAAUUCGAAGCUACCCAGCUCACCGUCCCUACAUCACUCCCCUACCCUGAUCGAAACUACAAGGAGCCUUCGGUGAACUCCGCCGUGCAUUGGAAAGGCGCGUUCGGCAGGCUGCUAACCCCGAAUGAGCAGCGAACUAGUUUUGACAGUGAACAAGGAAUUGAUUUCGAUGACCCAAAGGACCCUGGACUUGUGCUUCACAAUUGCCGUGAAGAUAUGGUCCAUCUAUGGAACGAUCCGACCGUCAAGGAGCUGCUAAAGGUGCAUAAGCUCAGAUUGGAGGAUUUGUCUGGCUUUUUCUUGGAUUCACUAGACCGCGUUACUGCGUUGAAAUACGUUCCCUCAGAUGAUGAUAUACUACGAGCACGAAUAAAAACACUAGGUGUCUCCGAACAUCGUUUCAGGUUGAAGGCUGGCAACAUGGUCAGCCAUGAUUGGAGGGUCUUUGAUGUAGGAGGAGCUCGAUCUUUGCGAGCCGCGUGGGCACCCUAUUUCGAUGAUAUGGACGCGAUCAUUUUCCUAGCACCUCUCAGUUGUUUCGACCAGGUUCUCGCGGAAGAUUCGUCGGUGAAUAGAUUGGAGGAUUCCAUGUCCCUUUGGAAAUCCAUCGUGUCGAACCAGCUUUUGAAAAACACGGACCUCAUACUGUUCUUGAACAAGUGUGAUAUCCUGAAAGCGAAACUAGAGUCGGGAAUCAGGUUUGGUACUUGGGUGAUAUCGUAUGGCGAUCGACCCAACACGUUCGAAGGCGCUGCAAAUUAUAUGAAAAAGAAAUUUGCUGGUAGCUUCAAGGCUAAUUCUCCCGAGCCCAGGCCUUUUUAUUGUCAUUUUACUUCCGUCACUGACGUGAAAUCGACGACACAUAUACUAGAGAAUGUGAAGGACACCGUCGUGCGGAAAAAUCUACAAGAUAGUAAUAUGGUUUAGUAAACCGCCUACUAUACCCGCUGAUAUUUAGCAGGUCUAUUAUGACUCCUCCGUAUUUCUUGGAUGUUUUGUUGCCAUAAUUUACUACUUCCUCUUCAUCUCAUGGUCAUGUACGUCUGUGUAUUUAUGUAAAUAUGUAUGUACCCAUAGGCACAAGCUACGGCAUUAAUACCCCUUGCAUAAUGUCAGAUCCGUCUGGGAACCGGAUCGCCUACAUUCUUCCAAGGAUACCGCAGCAACUGAAAUCGAAAUUCCAUGAACAAAAUGCACCGGCCAAUUGUCACCGUGCCGUCAAGUUGAAGUAGGAGUGUCAUGCAUACUCAAUGACUCGACAACGUCGCCUGUUCCCCUGUCCAUCAAAGAUGAUCUGGAAUUCUGAAUGUUAAAUGCGGAAUUGAGCGUGUUUCGAUAUAUUGCCCUCAUUUCGUG